AUGUUGAAGGAUGGCUACCUAUCUUAUUCAAAGUUCCUGACUGAUUAUUUCAAGUCCACAGAUGUACCCCGGUCAGGACGACCAACUUCCGCGACCGCAGAGAGCAGAGCUGACGCUGUGCACGUCAUGUUUCUCGAGGACGGCUGGAGUUCAACAAAAGUCAUAGCUGAGAUUCUGGGAAUUUCCCGCGAAGGACUUAAUCACAUUAUUCACAACAUUCUGGACAUGAGAAAGUUUUCUGCAAAAUGGGUGCCGAAAUGCCUGAACGCAGAUCAAAAGCACAUCAGAAUGAUGACAUCAAAGGCGAUUUUGGACCGGUUUGCAGCGGAAGAAGCUGAUUUUAUGGCUCGUUCAGUCACUAUGGAUGAAAUCUGGUUUCAUCAUUAUGAUCCUCAGACCAAGCGGCAAUCAAUGGAAUGGCACCACAGCGAUUCACCAAGAACUUUCGGACUCGGAAAUUCUUCAUUUGUAAAAGCUUUUAUGUUGGUACUUCCUGUGUAUCCUUUGUCUACUUGUUGCUAUGCACAAGAAGUUGGCUAA